AUGUCUGACCUGCUGAAAGACAAAUCCCAAAGGAGAGAGAAGAGGGCAGGCAAGGCGCCCUCAGAGGGAAGCCAUGGAGUCAGAGGCAAAGACACAACUGGCAGGACUAAGGACUCUAUAAGUACUGUAUCGUGCUUGGAUGAACUAGGUCACCAGGAUGACAAUGCUCGGAUGGCUGUAACAAUGGAGAACACCUACCAGUUAGGACCUUACAAACGCUUCCCUGUUCCUGCUGUCACAGACAUACUGAAGGAUGUACUCACCAGUUACCUCCAAGAGGAGAAAUAUGAAGUAGAGUGGUCUCAGAAAAUGACAAAAACAAUAUCUGAGGUGAUAAGGGCCCGUGUGAAAGACCUCAUGAUUCCUCGGUAUAAGAUUGUCGUCCUGGUCCACAUCGGCGAGCUCGCCGGGCAGAGCAUGCAAAUCAGCAGCCGCUGUCUGUGGGACGCAUCUAAUGACACAUUUGUCUCUUACAACUUCAAGAACAGCUCACUGUUUGGUGUGGCAAAUGUCUACGCUGUUUACUUUGAGUGA